AUGACAGACAAGCUCCCACACUCACGUGGAAAGGAAUCCUCGGAGAUCAUUUUGCUAGCAGGAAAAGAAUUUGAGGAUGCUCCUCUCCUAUUCUUUCAUGACAUGUCUGCCCUCCAUGUUUUGGAUUUGUCAUAUACUAGCGUAAACUCUUCGCCGCAAUCUAUUUCCAAGUUAAAUGCACUCCAGAAAUUAAUUUUGAGAGAUUGUGAUUUCUUAAUAGAACUACCACCUGAAAUUGGAGAACUUACAAAUCUUGAGAGAGUAAGCAUAUCAAAUCUCUCCCGAUUGAAUGAAUUGCGCAUUGAUGUGAAUCCAGAUGGGGAUUGGUGGGAUGUUGAAGUAAAAACUAUUAUACAUGACUUGUGUAGUUUACGAGAGUUGCGAACUCUUGAAUUGUAUUUGCCCACUAUUGAAUUAUUGGAAGAACUCAUUCAGAACAGCCCGUUAUUGAUAUGUCCAGCUUUAACACACUUCAGAUUUAUAGUUGGUCAUCAGGUUGAACGUUUCCUGUCUCGUCUACCACUUGAGGUUGAAGAGGAAUUCAACAAUUUGGAGAAAUCAGAGAAAGGCUUGAAGUACGUAAAUGGUGAAGAGAUUCCAAUCGAAAUUAUUGAGGAGAUUGUGAAGGAGAUGAUAGUAAUGAAUCUGAACAGUACUCAUAUUUUAAUGAGGAAAAAAUGGUACUUUGGGUCACUUCAAUACUUGAGUAUUCAUUACAUGAAGAAUAUGGAGAGCAUUUGUCAAGGGUCAGUUGGGAAGGGUUGUUUGUCCAGUCUGAAGUUUUUGGCCUGGCAUACAUGUCUCAGUUUGACUACUGUUUUCACUGUAGGCAUGCUUCGAAAUCUUUCAAAUUUGGAAGAGCUCAUAGUUGAAAAUUGCACCAGGAUCAGCAACCUUGUAGGUCUUAAAUAUUCUGACUCGAAAUCUGGUCAUUUUCUCCCAAACUUGAAGAAGAUUUUACUUCUUGAGCUACCAAAACUGGUCAGCAUCUCCAAUGGUCUAUGCAUCGCUCCAAAAUUAGAAAGGAUAUUUAUCUUUUUUUGCCCGAAACUCGUAAAGCUCUCUACCAUGAAAGUUUCUAGUAAAGAUCUGAAGGUAAUCAAAGGAGAGAAUGAAUGGUGGGGUGCACUAAAGUGGCAUGAAUCAGACUUGAGCAGUGAUCAUCAAGAUUAUUUGGCUUCUGUGUUUGUCCCACUUAGAAGGGAUGGGGAUUUGAUGGCUCAAUUCACAAAAGAUUAG